UAUAGUAGUAUCUUGAAUGUAUAUCUCUUUCUCUUCUCUCAUAUGUCCGGUAAAAUCUGAAAGGAAAUCAAAAAAGAAAAGAAGAAGAAGAAGAAAUCAGCAAUCUCUCUCUAGAAGAAUACUUUGAAGCUCAACUCGGAAACCCUACAUGUAUCUUUGAAGAGUAAGUCAGUUCAUUAUAGAGGUGGGUUUUGAGGGACCAAACAGCAUGUGCAAUUUCUCUUCAAAGACUCAGUUUUGUUUGCUAUCUGAAUCUAGUCCAUUUUUCAUUGGUGGUCUUUUUGAGUCUGGUUGAUGAAGUUCGAUCGUGUGGAUUCUAAUGGUCUGGCAAACAAAGGGUUAGCGGAACAUAGUCAUCAUAAGCUAGAUGAUAGAAGGGAAGUAAGGGGUGGGGCUACAGGAGAAGGACAGGGACUGUCUGAAGAAGAUGAAUCAAGAGUUAAUGGUGAUAAUGAAAGAGAAAAAUGUGAAUGCUUGGAUAUGGCUAGGACCAGUUCUGUUCAGCAGAGAUCACUGCAGCAGUCUCAAGGGUCAGUGGUCCAUUGGGAAAGGUUUCUUCCACUGAGGUCUCUCAAGGUUCUGUUGGUGGAAAAUGAUGACUCAACACGCCAUGUUGUCAGCGCACUUCUUCGAAAUUGCAGCUAUGAAGUUGUGGCUGGAUCAGAUGGUCUUGAAGCAUGGAAUAUUCUGACAGAUCUAACUAAUCACAUUGACCUUGUUUUGACGGAGAUAAGCAUGCCUAAUUUAUCAGGCAUUGGUCUUUUAUCAAAGAUUAUGAACCACAAAAACUUCAAAGAUCUUCCAGUGAUUAUGAUGUCAUCUAUCGACUCUAUGGGUAUAGUCUUUAAGUGUUUAUCAAAAGGUGCAGUUGAUUUUUUAGUGAAGCCUAUUCGAAAGAAUGAGCUUAAAAAUCUCUGGCAGCAUGUUUGGAGGAAGUACCACAGUUCUAGCUGCAGUGGAAGUGAAAGUGGUGUGCGGAUCCAGAAAUCUUUGACGUCAAACAGUGCUGAAGAAUCUGAAAACAACAGUGACAGCAUGGAGGAAGAUGAUAUAGGAAGCAUUGAAUUGAAUGCUAGGGAUGGAAGUGAUAAUGGAAGUGGCAUUCAGAGUUCUUGGACAAAAAGGGCAGUAGAAGUUGACAGCCCUCAACAUAUGUUUCCUUGGGAUCGUAGGGUAGCAGAUCCUCCUGAUAGUACUUGUGCUCAGGUUAUCCAUUCAAAGCCUGAAGCAUUUUGCAACAACCGGCUGCCAGUAACUGCCACUAUGGACUACCAUGGACAAGACUGUGAUCUUGAUAAAGCGAUGGUGAAAGACUCGGAGAAUGGAAUAAUACACAAGAACACAGAUUUACACUUAGAAAAACGAAUCAAAACCACAUCUACUACUCCUGCACAAGGGUCAAAUAUUGAUGAACCUUUUGUCUUGGAAUCUGGAAAAGAUGGUAAGGAGAUCGAUAAAGGGAAGUUUGAGAAGAAUAAUGAUACAAUAAAUGCCAAAGCAAGGAAGAAAUCCGGUGAUGCAAUUGGUGGCAGCAUAAAUAGGUCUGAUCCUCAGAUGGAGAUCAUAGGCACUGAAGUUGAAAGUAAUGUCACCCAGAUGAAUAACAAAGGAAAAAAUGUAUGCCGUGCAAAGGAUAUACCUACCCUUGAACUCCGUUUGAAGAGAAUGAGAGAUGACGAAGAAUUCGAUAUGAGCACAAUAGAGAGAAAUGUUUUCAAACACUCUGAUCUCUCGGCCUUCUCAAGGUAUAACACCAUGUCAACUACUAAUCAAGCACCAACUGGAAUUGUUGGGAGCUGUUCUCCUCAACUUGAUCAUAGCUCAGAAGUGGAAAAGAUGGAAACAGUCCAGAAUUUUCAAUCAAAUUCAAACGGAAUCCCUGAUCAGGGUUCCAAUGGAAGUAGCAACAACAACGACAUGGGCUCCACCACUAAUAAUAAUAAUACUAAACCAGUAGCGAAUUCUGUUGUGAAGCUUCAUCCUUCUUGCUCCAAAUUCGACCCAGUUGAAACCCCUCCACUUACUUCCUUACAGUCUAUCAUGCAAAAUGAGGUAAAUACUGUAUCGAAAGAUAAUAAUACGUCGGCUCAAGAAAGAGGCAUGAAUCCACAUGUUCAAGUUCAGCACCAUUAUCAUCAUUACCACCACCACCACCAUCAUGUGCAUGGCACAAAGCAACAGUUACAUUUCCUAAACCAUGAUAAUCCAUCUCUCAAAACCAGCGUUGCAAAGGAUCCUAAUUGUGGGGUUUCCGAUGCAUCACAAAAGAAACCUAGGGAAGGUAAUGCUGCUAACUACAGUUUGAAUAGCAGUGGUUCUGGUAGUAAUAAUGGAAGUGAUGGGCAAAAUGGUAGCAGCGGCCAAAUUGGCAGCAACAAUGCUAUAACAACUAAUGAUGGAGAGAAAGUGGCAAUGGUAAUAGAUAACAGUUUAGCUGGAAAAGGUGAAGUUGGUGCUGCAACUGCGAAUGGAUGUAGGAUGGGGUUAGAUCAGAAUCGUCUCACACAAAGAGAAGCUGCUUUGAACAAAUUUCGCCAGAAGAGAAAGGAGAGGUGCUUUGAGAAAAAGGUGCGUUAUCAAAGCAGGAAGAGACUAGCAGAACAGAGACCCCGAAUUCGAGGGCAAUUUGUGCGACAAGUUGCACGUGAAAAUGGGAAUAAUGAAGAGGAAGAUAGCUAACAGAACCAACACACAAUUUAGUGUGUGAAAAAAUGUACAGAGGUAUUAUUGAUAAGCAGAUAGUUGUCAUGUACUCUACGCAGGCAGUGGCAGCAAGCUUCCACAUAACAUAAAUAUUUAGGGUUUCAACUUAAGUUAAAAAGUACAAUGAGGUGAAGACAAUGUAUGCACUGACUGUGUGUAGUAGCUAUCUCUUAAGCUUACUAUCUUUUAAGUCUGUUUAUAAGACUUGUUGUGUAUUAUGUAUGCACCGACUGUGUUUGUAAUAGCUAGUAGCUUCCUGGCUGCAUUUGCUGCUUAUUCUUGUUAACUAUCCAUCCUCUAGACUGAAAAGGGGUUUUCCCUUCUCUGUAAUAAAAGCAUUCAGUCUCUUGUU